AUGCUUAGUGGUUACAAUGCCCAGACUGGAGAUGCCUGGCCAUGGUACUCCAGCAACCCAUGCACCUCCUCCAAUACCAAUUCGGAUUCCGUCUACGUUUAUACAUUCGACGGCGCGGUGACGAGUCAAACAGGAACAUUUGGAAUCCAGGGGAAGGGUGUUUCAAUUCGUUGGCAAUCUACCGAUUUCGUAUCAGCGACCUCAACCUCUGACGCGUCAACUUCUUCGACCUUGACCUCAGCACCAACUAGCGCAGCAAGCGUGACAGCAUCUGCAACCAGCACAACUGAGUCGGUACACAAUACAACCAAUACAUCUACCAGCAAUGGGCUUUCGACGGGAGCAAAAAUAGGAAUUGGCAUUGGAUGUGGAGUCGGAGCUAUUAUACUCUUAAUUAUGGCUAUGGUUUUCUAUCGAAAGCGGAAGAGCAAGGACGCGUCAAAUCUCGAUCAGCCUAUGAUACAAACACAACGGUCCCUCAAGCCCGUGGAACUAUAUACAAACAGACAUUUCGCGGAACUGGAAUCAAAUUCCGCUCCAACGGAGUUGGACGCUACAGAUCAUUCCGAGAGGAGCAUGUAA